AUGGACAUAUUCGAUAUUAUCCAACUGAGUAAGAUCCCUCUGACUCUAGAUAGAUCUGUGUUUUUUACAUCUUUGCACUUUUGGUCUCCUACAACCAACUCACUGCACUUGCACUGUGGGAUGAUGUUUCCUACCAUUCAUGAUGUAUGCUUUCUAACUGGUCUCAAACCUGGAGGAGAUGAUAUCAAUUACCUCCUUCAGGACUCUGAGAUGACAUUUAAUUUUCCUGAACAAGAAGGAUCCAAACCAUUCGUUCAAUCUCACAGCCCCUUCUUGAAAGAAAUGCUUGGUAACUUUGGGACUGAAGUAGAUAAACAAGAACACAUAGGAUUUUUAUUGUUGUGGUUGUGUAGACAUCUGUUAUGUGCCCCUGCCAUUCAGAUUACCAAGGACCUUACCCAACUGGCUAUUGCUCUGUCCAAAUGUAAAGCCAUGGCUUUGGCGCCAUUUCUCUUGGUGUCAUUAUACCGAGGGAUAUCAGACCUCAUUGUAUCAAACUUUUCAAGGUCUGGAGGACCAUUUUGGCUUUAUCAAUUCUGGCUACAUGCUUACUUCCCUGAAUUGUCACCCACUAUUCAACUUGCAGCAAGUGAUCCCUUGAUAUCUUUUGGUUAUGCCAGAGCCAAGCCCAAAGAUCAAUCCUUCUUGGAUUAUUUUUGUUUUUUCUAUCAUCAAUGUACCAUCCAAACCAGUGCUCAAUUCCUUCCUUUUGUGAACUGUCGAUUAGCCCCCUCUUGGCUAUUUCCUCCUACAGCCGAGUCUUCCAUUGAGCAAGUAGAAGCAUAUAAAAAUUCAUGGGGUCACUUUUUAAUUGCAAGAGACAUUUCCUGCAAUACUGUUGUUUCUUAUAUUGCCAAAAGCAAAAAUGGGGUAGAGUUCUAUAACCCAUCACAAUUGGCCAGAUAA